CCCGGCGCGCUCGGGCCCGGGUGGAGGCGGAGGGGCCGCGCUCCUCCCUGGCCGCCCCCACCAUGGCCGACAACGAGAAGCUGGACAACCAGCGCCUCAAGAACUUCAAGAACAAAGGCCGCGACCUGGAGACUAUGAGAAGACAAAGAAAUGAAGUUGUCGUGGAGUUGAGAAAGAACAAAAGAGAUGAGCAUCUCCUAAAGAGGAGGAAUGUUCCCCACGAAGAUAUCUGUGAGGAUUCUGAUAUUGAUGGGGACUUCAGAGUGCAAAACACUUCUUUGGAGGCCAUAGUACAGAAUGCUUCAAGUGACAACCAGGGUAUUCAGUUAAGUGCUGUGCAGGCAGCAAGGAAGCUGCUGUCCAGUGACCGCAACCCACCCAUCGACGACCUCAUCAAAUCAGGAAUAUUGCCUAUCCUAGUGCACUGUCUUGAAAGAGAUGACAAUCCUUCCUUACAGUUUGAAGCUGCGUGGGCCCUGACAAACAUUGCCUCUGGAACCUCGGAGCAAACCCAGGCUGUGGUUCAAUCCAAUGCUGUGCCGCUUUUCCUGAGACUGCUGCAUUCACCUCAUCAAAAUGUUUGUGAGCAAGCAGUGUGGGCUUUAGGGAAUAUCAUAGGUGACGGACCCCAGUGCAGAGAUUACGUCAUUAGCCUUGGAGUAGUGAAGCCCCUGCUGUCCUUCAUCAGCCCCUCCAUCCCCAUCACCUUCCUCAGGAACGUCACCUGGGUGAUGGUGAACCUGUGCCGCCACAAGGACCCCCCUCCCCCCAUGGAGACCAUCCAGGAGAUCCUGCCAGCGCUCUGUGUGCUCAUCCACCACACCGAUGUAAAUAUAUUGGUAGACACAGUCUGGGCCCUCUCCUAUCUGACGGAUGCUGGCAACGAGCAGAUCCAGAUGGUGAUAGACUCUGGCAUUGUCCCUCACCUGGUUCCUCUCCUCAGCCACCAGGAAGUCAAAGUCCAGACUGCUGCACUGAGGGCUGUGGGGAACAUCGUCACUGGCACCGACGAGCAGACACAGGUGGUUCUCAACUGUGAAGCUCUCUCACAUUUCCCAGCACUUCUGACACAUCCCAAAGAAAAAAUUAAUAAGGAAGCAGUGUGGUUCCUAUCCAACAUCACUGCAGGAAACCAGCAGCAGGUUCAGGCAGUAAUAGAUGCAAACCUUGUUCCAAUGAUAAUCCAUCUUCUAGAUAAGGGGGAUUUUGGGACUCAGAAAGAAGCUGCUUGGGCAAUAAGCAACUUAACAAUCAGUGGGAGAAAAGACCAGGUGGCUUACUUGAUUCAACAAAAUGUAAUUCCUCCCUUUUGCAAUUUGCUGACAGUAAAAGAUGCACAAGUUGUGCAGGUGGUUCUGGAUGGACUAAGUAAUAUAUUAAAAAUGGCUGAAGAGGAAGCAGAAACCAUAGCCAACCUUAUAGAAGAGUGUGGAGGCCUGGAGAAAAUUGAACAGCUACAAAACCAUGAAAAUGAAGACAUCUACAAACUGGCUUAUGAGAUCAUUGACCAGUUCUUCUCCUCAGAUGAUAUUGAUGAAGAUCCAAGCCUUGUUCCAGAAGCGAUCCAAGGCGGAACAUUUGGUUUCAAUUCAUCUGCCAAUGUACCAGCAGAAGGGUUCCAGUUUUAGAGUGGUAUUUUGGAAGUUUAGGUACAAUGCAGCACCGAAUAAAAAAAAAAAAAAGGUUUGAUCCAUCAAUCUUGGCUCAUGGGAUCCGCUGCUGCAUUAAAUCGGGAAAGUAAACGUGAAGAUUUCAUUUGGAAUCACAGAAAAGCCCAAAUGAAGUCAAGAUGGCGAGUGGGUGCGAGUGAGAAUGAGUGGCAAAAUGUAAUGACAAACUUCACACUGAAUGCUUCUUUAGAUUGUUCAAAGAAAAAGGGCUCCAGGUCCCAGCUCUGCAGUGCCUGAGGAGGAACACCGCCCUCCCGAGCCGGGGGCCGCAGGACUCUCAUCAUCAGCCUCAGCAU